AUGGACUCCAUCUCUAUGAUGGGUGGCAGCAGGAGCCAUGUGUUCCUCACAGCCUCUUCCUCCCACCACCUACAACAUGCCCAGGCCUGUUUCCUGCCCAAGGGCAUGAAGAAUGGGGUUGGACUUGGAGAUACGGGCACUGCUUGUCUACCUGCCCAGCCCACAGUAGCAGUCCUGGGCUCAGGUGACUUCUCCAAGUGCCUGGCCAUCCGCUUGCUGCGCUGUGGUUUCCACGUGGUGGUGGGAAGCCGCCAUCCCAAACUGGCAGCCCAGUCAUUUCCCCAUGUGGUGGAUGUGACACACCAUGAAGACGCUGUGGGGAAGGCCAGUAUUAUUUUCCUGGCGGUCCGCCGGGAGCACUACUCUGCUCUUUGGGACCUCAAACAUCUUCUGGAAGGAAAGAUCCUGGUAGAUGUGAGUAACAACAGGAGGGUGAACCAGUAUCCAGAGUCAAAUGCAGAGUAUCUGGCUUCACUGCUUCCAGAAUCCAUUGUAGUCAAAGGCUUCAAUGUCAUCUCAGCCUGGGCCAUGCAGCAGAGCUGCCCCAAAGAUGCCAGUACACAGGUGUUCAUCUGUAGUGACUCGGUUGAGGCUCGACAGCAGAUUAUGGAGUUAGCCCGCCAGCUCAACUUCCAUCCUGUGGAUAUGGGCACCCUGUCUUCUUCGCGAGACAUUGAGAACAUGCCCAUACAGUUGUUUCCUGGCUGGAAGGGCCCUGUCCUCGCUGCAGUGGCCCUCUCCAUCUUCUUUUUUGCUUACUCUUUUGUUCGAGAUAUCAUCCACCCAUAUGUGAAAUACAAGCAGAGUGAUUUCUACAAGAUCCCUAUAGAGAUGGUCAACCGGACAUUGCCGACUGUCGCUAUCACUCUCUUGGCCCUAGUAUACCUGGCAGGCCAGCUUGCAGCCGCUCAUCAGCUCUACUAUGGUACGAAGUACAGGCAUUUCCCACAUUGGCUGGAGGGCUGGCUGCAGAGCCGAAAACAGAUGGGCCUCCUCAGCUUCUUCCUGGCUGCUGUCCAUGUUAUCUACAGCCUCUGUCUGCCCAUGAGAAGGUCUGAGAGGUACCUGCUGCUCAAUACCGCCUACCAGCAGGUCCGUGCUAAUGUGGAGAAUGCAUGGAAUGAAGAGGAGGUGUGGAGGGUGGAGAUGUACGUUUCCUUUGGGGUCAUGAGUCUUGGGCUCUUGUCGAUCCUGGCCAUCACCUCCAUUCCAUCUGUCCACAGCACGCUCAACUGGAGGGAGUUCAGCUUCAUACAGUCCACUCUAGGCUACAUUGCCUUGCUCAUUGCUACCUUCCAUGGCCUGCUGUUUGGCUGGAAGCGAGCCUUUGAGGAGGAGGCCUACCAUUUCUACCUGCCGCCCAGCUUCGUAGUAGCGCUUGCCCUGCCAGUGUGUGUAAUACUCGGGAAAGUGCUGAUGCUGCUCCCCUGUGUUGCCCGCAAGCUCCAUCGGAUCCGCAGGGGCUUGGACAGCAGUCGGUACCGGUGCCAGCGCCUGGAGCCAGUGGGUUCGGCUGCCCACGUUUCACCUGAGAGAGUCACCAUCAUGUAA